UGUAAACCCUCAUACAAUUGAAAAGGAAACUGAACAGAUGGAAGAUUUAAUUAGAAUGAUGAUGAUGAUGAUAUAAGAGAAAGAGAGAGAUAUUAAUUGUCAAGCUGUGUAAAUGUAAUUCUAUCGAUCGAUAAAAUGUUUCCAACGGAAACAGAGUGAAGCCUCUGAUAUCUCACUCUUUCCAUGUCUCUCUCUCUCUCUCUCUCUCUCUUCCUUUUCUCCUUCAUGUUAAUUUCAGUUCUAAUUCACUGUUAUCCCCAUAGAAACUUGAAAGUCGCUGAUAUUUGGAACCCGAAUUUUCUCUCCCUCCCUGUUUCUCUUCCAGUGAUUCUGUACCAUCUCUCCUCUCCCCCUACUCUCUCACUCGAAUCUUCUCACUUUAAUGUCUAACCAGACAUAUCGAUGAUUCUCUGAUUGAAUCGGUGUGAACAUUAUUUACUUCUCCCUCUCUCUUUCUCUCUUUCUCUCUCUCUCUCUCAUCUUUUUCUCUCAUUUUAUUGUUCAAUGUGUAGUAUUUUCUUACCUGACUGUUACCUGGCAUAUGGUUACAUUUAUUGACGAGUAUAAGUUUUAAUUGAGUGCCAAUCAAAUGGGUAAUAGUGAUUCUAAGUUAAAUUUUCGUAAGGCUGUUGUUCAAUUGAGCAGUAAAACUCACCCAAUCGAUGCUAAAGAGGACUCAUUUUGGGAUCAAUUUUGGUGCGAAUCGAUCAAUAAUAUUCAAGAUGUUUUCACUCUAAUACCCUCACCCGAAAUUCGUGCACUAAGGGAGGAAUCGCCUUCCAAUUUGGCGACUCUUGUUUACAAGGGUGUUGAGAAAUUAGUGGCCUCAACCGAUACUCUUUGUAAUACAACCAAUCAACAAAUUUUGGUUCUUAAUAGUAAUCGUUUAUUGACCAGAAUUUUACCUUACAUUUUUGAAGAUCCCGAAUGGAAGGGCUUCUUCUGGUCAUCUUUACCUCGAAGUUCACCCCAAUCACCAACUUCCCUUGAAUUACAUUCCAAUGAAUCAAAUCAUGGUGGUCGACAUGGAAAAGGUAGAAAAGGUCGAAGGUUAGGAAGAGGAAAUGGUGAGAAUGAUGAAGACACUGAAUUAGAUGAAGAAGACGAUGAUGAUAUCGAUGGUGAUGAUUAUCGAGGUAGAGAUGAAAAUUUACCUUUAGCACAAUCAUUGAUUCUCGCAAUUUGUGAUCUACUUUUCUGUCCCGAUUUUACGGUUACCCCUUUACCCUCAUCACGAAACAAAUCUUCCGGACCUUUCGGUUCACCUGAUUGCCCACCCGAGGAUUUACAAUCAAUUGAUUCUUGUGAAUAUAUUUGGGAAUCAGGGGUUGGCUUCACUUCGCCCACUUCAUCGUCUACUACUUAUGAUAAACAUCGAACUGAACUUCUCCGCCUUAUCCUUACCUGUUUCUCCACCACCAUGUACAAAACACCAAACGAAGCUCGAUCAACACCCAAUCGUUGGAUAACCUUUUUCACUUCUCCAGAUAAUCGUCACGCUUUACCUUUAUUCACUUCCUUGAUUAACACCGUUUUCUCAUAUGAUCCAGCAAGUUACCUUCCAUUUAAUCAUUUACUAUUUAGCGAUUCUCGAGAGGCUUUGGUUGAAGUUUGUCUGCAGAUAUUAAUUGUUACCCUUGAUCACGAUUUCAUCACUGAAUCUUUGCCUGGUGGACGAGGAGAUGGAGCCGAACGAACUUUAAUCGAUCCAACAAUCCAUGAGAAUUUAUUCAUUAAUUAUCUUUCUCGAAUCCAUAGAGAGGAAGAUUUCGCAUUCAUAUUGAAAGGAUUUACUCGAUUGUUGAAUAAUCCACUUCAACAAACUUAUAUUCCAAAUUCAACUAAAAGAAUUCAAUUCCACCAAGAAUUGUUGGUUCUUUUUUGGAAAAUUUGUGAUUAUAAUAAGAAAUUCAUGUUCUAUGUUCUUAAAUCUUCUCAUGUUCUUGACAUUCUAGUGCCAAUACUUUACCAUCUAAACGAUAGUAGGUCAGAUCAAUCGAGAAUUGGACUUAUUCACAUUGGUGUUUUCAUUCUUCUUCUACUCAGUGGUGAAAGGAACUUUGGUGUUCGUUUGAAUAAACCAUAUUCGGCUUCCAUUCCAAUGGAUCUUCCAAUUUUCACCGGAACUCAUGCUGAUCUGUUGAUUAUUGUUUUCCACAAAUUGAUUACCGCAGGUCACCAAAGGCUUCAACCUCUAUUUGAAUGUUUAUUAACGAUAAUUGUAAACGUUAGUCCGUAUCUUAAAACACUCUCAAUGGUUUCUGCCAAUAAGUUACUUCAUCUAUUGGAAGCAUUUUCAACCCCAUGGUUUUUAUAUUCCAAUCCAAUUAAUCAUCAUUUGGUUUUCUUCCUAUUGGAAGUAUUUAACAAUAUAAUCCAAUAUCAAUUUGAUGGUAAUUCUAAUCUGGUUUAUACGAUAAUCCGAAAAAGAAAUAUUUUCUCCAAUCUAUCUAAUCUGGCCACUGAUUAUGGUACAAUACAAAAAUCACUGAAUCGUUCAAGCUCAUCAACAUCAUCUACUACACGGCGACCACGAAAGUUAACCUUGUCAUCUACACAAUCAACAGCUUCUACCUCAUCAAUACCUCCUACUACAUGUCAAUCACCAUCAGCUAAUUGUAAAUCAGCGCCCACAAGCCCGCUAUCUCUUAACUCUUGCACCUCACCCACUGUAACCUCAACUCAACCACAACAGCAACAAAAUCAACACCAAUCUCAAGUAAAAUCUGAUAAAUGUUUAAAACAAUCAACUACACCACCACAAGAACCACAACCACAACAACAACAAUCAUCAACACCAUUUACACCUUCUAAUAGUUCAGAAGUUGCUUCACCAUCAUCAACCACCACUGGCAUCGGUAGCUCACCAGUAAGGGUACCACAAGAAUCGUUAGUUGAUCUUACCGAUGAAUCUUCAAUGGUAACAUCAACAGCGAUUAAUCAAGAGUCGACAAUUAAAGUUUCCCUUGCAGCUACACCAAAGAUUCACAAUAUGACAGAAACAACUCAUCCCAAUCCAACGGGUGAUCCAGAUGAAGCCACCGAAAGUUCAAUGAGACGAGAGAAAUCAUUAAGUCGACAAUCAAGUUCAUCUUCUAAUCAUGGACCUUGGCUACCAACCUCAGAAUGGGUUUUAUCAUGGAAACAAAAGUUACCCCUACAAACGGUCAUGCGAAUGCUUCAAGUUCUAGUACCACAAGUUGAAAAGAUGUGCAUCGAUAAAGGGAUUACCGAUGAAAAUGAGAUUCUAAAGUUUCUUCAACACGGAACUUUGGUCGGAUUAUUACCCGUUCCCCAUCCGAUUUUAAUCCGAAAAUAUCAAACCAAUUCCGGGACAACCCUUUGGUUUCGCACUUACAUGUGGGGGGUAAUUUACCUGAGAAACAUUGACCCGCCAAUUUGGUACGAUACUAAUGUUAAACUGUUCGAGAUUCAGAAACUUUGAUCAUCCAAAACACUUAUGGUUAAUUAUUCAUCACAAAAAUGAUCAUGAUCAGUAUCUUCACUUAUCUAAUAUAAGAUAAUUCUAACAAUUAGAAGGAAACAACAAAAGUAAUUACAAUUAAAUGACGUCAAACAAUUAAUGGAAUGCCCAAGAAUAGGACAUUGUAAUUACAUUACAAUUACCGACACCGAAAUUAAUUUUAAUUACAAUGAUCAAAAAACAAGAUUCUGGUGAUAAACUAACCAAAAAAAAAAUAACCUCCAUUGUAAUUAUAUUAUUAAUUUAAUGUAUUUCCUUAUGAGACAAUCGUUGAGUUGGCAAUUUACCAACAGCAACAAUUUAAUUUAAUUUCAUCACUUAAUUUAAUCUCACAAUUAAGAAAAAUUCAAAUCUCAAUGAAACUUUGAUCAUCUCAAUCAUUCAGAUAAUCAUAAUGAUUGAUUAUUAAUCAUUGGUAUUAAGAUAAACAUAGUAUAUGAUUUAAUCAAUUGAAUUUUGUCUUAAUUGUAGUUGAUUUAUUUUGAUUUAUUUUUGGUUUUCAUUGAAUUACAAUCUAAUUGUUGUGUUAAUUUUCAUCAUAGUUGAUCCCCUGUCAUUUUAAACAAUUUAAUUAUUUCAUUUUGAUAACCAAAGUAAUCAAAUUAUUACCAGUAAACAAUUAAUCAGGUUGAUGAUUGUGAUUAACUAUCAUUUUAUUACCACAGUUUGAUAACUUUCAAGAGUUGUUGAUAUAAUAAGUUGAUUAUGGUUGAAGAUGAUUAAUUUAAUUGCUAUUAAAAGAAAUA